AUGACGGCAGCAGAUCGAAAGUCACUCUUAGAUCGCGUAUUCGCCGCGAAAACAACGGAAGAAUCACGAGGACUAUACGAUGAAUGGGCAAAGACUUACGACUCAGACAUGACCCUCCACGACUUCACCGCACCACGCCUAGUCGCCCAAGCCGUAGCCAGAGGCCUGAAGCUGAACCACAUCUCACCAGACAAGCCCUUGAACGGCCUAAAGAUUGCGGAUGCAGGAUGCGGUACCGGCCUUGUUGGCAUCGAGCUCUCUGAACUUGGCGCUACGAAUAUCCUGGGUCUCGACAUCAGCGAAGGGAUGCUAGCAGUCGCUAAGAACACCGCCGUGUACGAUGACCUGAAAACUACGGACCUGACGAAGCGAUUGGAGUUUGAAGAUGGGAAGUUCGAUGCACUGACAUGCUGUGGCACCUUCACGCAUGGCCAUUUGGGGCCGGAGCCGUUGGAAGAGUUCGUGAGAGUCGUUAAGGACGGCGGGGUUGUUGUUGCGACUGUUCUAGAUAGCUUCUGGGUUGAGAGGGGUUUUGAGAAGGAGGUCCAGAGGCUGGAGAAGGAGGAGAAAGUCGAAAUUGUAGAGCAAGAUCUACACCAAUAUCGGAAGGAUGCUGGAGGCGGACGCGUAUUGAUUCUACGCAAACUCUGA